CACUUCCGCCCCGGCGGCUGUCUGCGUCCGGGUCAGCUGCUGUCGCUGCGGCUGUAGCCAGGGCACUGGGCCCGGGUCUCCGCUGCAGUCCGAGGGGAGCGGGCUCCUCUCGGCGCUCCCUCCUGCGCCCUGGCCGUCAGCCCCACGUCGCCGGCCUGGAGGGGCGAGGAAGACGAGGGGGCCAAGGCUUCCUCCGGGAACAUUGGCUCUCUGGAUUAUCAAGAGUUUGUAGUUGAUAUUGAAUCUAAACUGAGGAUGGAAGGUGUGGAACUUAAAGAAGAAUGGCAAGAUGAAGAUUUUCCAAUACCUUUACCAGAGGAUGAUGGUAUGGAAGCAGAUAUUUUAGCUGUAACUGGACCAGAGAGCCAGCCUGAAGUUAAUGGAAAUAAAGUCAGAAAGAAACUCAUGGCUCCAGACAUUAGCCUGACCCUGGAUCCUAGCGAUGGCUCUGUGCUGUCAGAUGAUUUGGAUGAAAGUGGGGAGAUUGACUUAGAUGGCUUAGACACACCAUCGGAGAACAGUAAUGAAUUUGAGUGGGAAGAUGAUCUUCCAAAACCCAAAACUACUGAAAUUAUUAGGAAAGGCUCAAUUACUGAAUACACAGCAGCAGAGGAAAAAGAAGAUGGACGACGCUGGCGUAUGUUCAGAAUUGGAGAACAGGACCACAGGGUUGAUAUGAAGGCAAUUGAACCCUAUAAAAAAGUUAUCAGCCAUGGAGGAUAUUAUGGGGAUGGAUUAAAUGCCAUUGUUGUGUUUGCUGUCUGUUUUAUGCCUGAAAGUGGUCAACCUAACUAUAGAUACCUGAUGGACAAUCUCUUUAAGUAUGUUAUUGGCACUUUGGAGCUGUUAGUAGCAGAAAACUACAUGAUAGUUUAUUUAAAUGGUGCUACAACUCGAAGAAAAAUGCCCAGCCUGGGAUGGCUGAGGAAAUGCUAUCAGCAAAUUGAUAGAAGGUUACGGAAAAACCUAAAAUCACUAAUCAUUGUACAUCCCUCAUGGUUUAUCAGAACACUUCUAGCUGUUACAAGACCCUUUAUUAGCUCAAAAUUCAGCCAAAAAAUUAGAUACGUCUUUAAUUUGGCAGAACUAGCGGAACUUGUCCCCAUGGAAUAUGUUGGCAUACCAGAAUGCAUAAAACAGUAUGAAGAAGAAAAGUUAAAAAAGAAACAAAAAAGAGUUGAUCAAGAGCUUAAUGGAAAACAAGAUGAACCGAAAAGUGAACAGUAAGUUUGGCGUCUAGUCCAAACAAGACUGAAGAAUGUGCUGAUGAAGCAGUGCUCUUUUUUGCAUUUAUAAUGCAUUUAUUGGCCCUGAUCUUUAUGUAACCUGUUACAAAAUUGACUUGACUCUUCCUUAAUGGACUUUUGUAUAAGGGACUGUUCACUGCUGUAUUGGUUUGCAAAUCUCUUGAAUUUAGCUCUUUUCUAGCUAAUUAUAUUGUAAUCAUUUAUAUUUUAUAUUGCUAAAUAGCAGAGAACCACACUUUAUAUAAAGCAGUUUUUGCAUUUGUUUGUUGAAUGAUGCAUCAUCUUCUGUAAAAUAUUUAUAUGCCUAAAUGGUAAAGGAAAGAGAUAAUAUAUAUUUUUAUGUUUCUGAGCAAUAUUUUUUAAUGUAUACCUGUCUUGUGGAAGAAUAUGCAGGUAAAUAAGACCAUGAUUUGUAAAGUGCAUGUUCGAAGUUUUGUUUUUGUAAAUGGUUAGAUACAUUUCCUGGGUGACUUAGAAAACAGAGUUGCUCAUAAAGUGAGGGACAGUUAAACUGGUUCUCAUGAAUACCCAAAGGUCAUGUACAUAAUCUAAGUAGAUUAAUACUAUCCUAAGCCUUUUUUCUCAUUUAAUAGUGUUUCUUAAUUCAGAAGGGCAAAUACAAAUGUAUUGCACACUUUUUCCUUUUUAAACUUUCAAGACAAGUCAAAAAGCCAUUUUUAGAACUAGAGAAUUUAAGAGGCUAAGAAGUGGGGUUUGUAUAUAUAUAUGUAUAUAUGGGACAUUUUAUCGUCUGGCCAAAAGUCAGAACUUUAAAACUUUUAGGUCUGUUCUGUUCACUAAUGUGAAAUAAGCUGUGUCCAGGGUAUCACUCCCCAGAGUUUGUGAGUGCAGUGUAGUAUUCAGAGAAUGUGAUGAGUUAUUCACUGUCACUAUUUUUCUGUAGAAAAUAGGGGCUGCUUUUUCAACUGCUCUCAAUGUGGGCACUUUACCAAAAUACUUGUGUUUCUCAGUUACUUAAACUUGAUAGUAGGUAGUUGUUUGACCUAAUCAGAUGUGUGUAUUCACAUUUUCUGUUGAAUCAUUUUGACAGUACUGUAAGUUAUUUUGUAAGUCUUAGCGCAUCAUUAUGCUAACAUCAUUAUGCUGUCUUGGACGACAUUUAAUACAAGCAUAUAAAGUUUUUGUUUAAUUCAUUAAGUACCUUGACUUAUAUUGAAGUACAUUGUACUGAGGUGCCCAAUUAGAACUUAAUUACCCACACAAUCAUCCUGAAACAACAGAUUGAUCUGUCAUGUUUUGUGACUCAUACACACGUGAAGAAAUUAGUUUUCCUACAAAUGUGAGGGUACUAUCACACCCCAGCCCUUCCUAUAAGAUAAUUUACAAAAGAAUGUCCUAGGCUAGAAAAUUGAAGCAGAUGAGAGCUAAGCUUUUAGGAUUUAUUCUGUCCCAGACUGAACACACAUGUGGCGUUUACCAUUGCCAUUUUUCAUAUAAAGCUUCUAUUAAAAAAGAGAAUUUUCCUUUACUUUUUGUCCUCUUCAGUUAUAAACUUGGCAUGUUAACCUAAGUCCAGUUAUGGGAGCUGGAGGAUUCCCAGAAUGAGAUGUUCCUCAGCAGCCUUCUGACUUUCACAUGGAUCCUAGCAGCCAUAGGCAGAUUCUAAAUUAAUGUCAUUAUAGCAAAUAAAGCCAAAACUAUUACUGCUUGCUCAUUCCUUAAAAACAGUUUGUGUUGAAAAAGCAAACUAAUAACAACAAUUUAGGUAUUCCUUCUGAAUUUACCAUAUGAGAAUUAUGAAUAAAGAAUCAUUGAAUUUAAUUGUUAUUAGAGUCUAUAUCUAUAGACUUCUUUAAGUAGUCUUUAUCCUGUUCAAAAUUUGCUGAGCUUUUUACAUAGGUAGUUUUCCUCCACAUAAAGUGCACAGUUCUUCAGGUUCAACAGUUUAUUGUGUUUAUUCACUUUUGCUUUUGCAAGCAUUGUUCCUAACUAUAGAUACAACUUUUUGCAAAAGUGGUGCAUUUUCCUAAAUAUUUUUUUUAAGUACAAAUAGCCUUUAAUCUAUUAGAACAUUAAAAUUCAGAAGGAACAGUGUUAACGCCUGGGAUAUAACAAAAGGAAUGUGCUGUGAAUCGUUCGAUUAAAAAAGACACCUGCUCUAACCUACACCUUAAUGGAAUCUUAUAGGGACAUGCCCUGUGAUAAAUGUUUCAUUACUAUAAGGCUUAAAAUCAUAACUGGUAGGUUAGAGGAAAAGCACACUUAAUGAAGUUUGUUAUUUAUAAUGUGUUACUAUGUGACAUUUCCCCUAUAUCAUUCAAUUUUAAUUUUUGAUUGCUGAUUGAAGUGAAAGUACGUAAAAUUGUAUUAUUUUUAUCUUUCUGUUGGGAUCAUGGAUCUAACUUAACUGGUUUAAUUUGAUUUUUGUCACUAUAGUUUGUUAUACUUGGGCUGUGAGUGCCUGUUUUUAAUCAAAUUUUCUCUAUAUAAAGUAAUUUGCUUGUGUCCUGCCUGGUUAUAUUCCUAAGAAGCAUCAAGGAAAAUGCUAUAUUGGCCUUACACUUGAAGCUUAAUAGCCAUUAACUGGGGUGAGGGGGUGAGAAGGAUAGGAUUUUAAGGAGGGCCUAGGGGGUAGUUUGAAAGGAAGAUAACAAAGCAAGGAUAUAGGAGAAAGAGCUUUAAAGGGAUAAAGAGUAGCUCUAACUUCAGAUGUCACUGAAUGUGUCCCUGUUAAGGGAAGUGUACUGUGUAUGGCAGCUCUGUACACCAUGUAACAGGCUUUCUGUAUCCAACUGGAAAACCUGCAGGCUUCACACAAUAUGAGUUACGACUGGAGUGAAGGGGGCUGAGAAUAUAUUUAGAUAAUGAGAAUUUAUAUUUUCCCCUGCUUUGUCUCUUCAUAGAAGCAAGCUUGAACAGAAAGAGUCAACAAUUACAGUGCUCAGAUUAAAGUUUAAGACUAGGUUAUUUUUCAUAUUUUAUGGUUGGUAAACAUUAACGUAGUUUUCCAAAAUGGACAGCACAAUUUAAUAACUGCACGGGAUACUGAAAUUUGCUGAUUAACAGGUAUAUAUCAGUGGCUAGAAUUUCCUCAGCUGCGAUUUCAGGAUUUAAAAAGGUAAGGGAUCUGCUGCUUCAUAAGAUACUUCUAGAUGACUGUAGCAUUACUCUUUGGCUGUUUUUAUGUGAGUGCUCAGGGAAUUUGGAAGUGUUUGAUUUAGUGCAGAAGGGGCUUUUUUAGAUUUCUUCAAUUGAGAGGUAAAUUAGUAUUAGGAUAUUACUGGAUUGAAUAGGCCAGUUUCCUGAUAUCAGUAAAGGUGUAUAUAAGGUGACAGUAGCUUCAUCCUUUUUUCCAUGUUAUAUGUGGAAAAUUACUAACAUUGCUCCAUCAGAAGGAAGAAGAUAGGCUGAAAAUAGAGAUUUGCUAAUCCAUUGCAUCUUGUUUUGCUUAUUUUUUCUCAUCCUAUUUAGAUAUUUGAGAAAUGGGUAACCUCAAAAGGAAGGAAUAGAGGAGUUUCUGUGCAUAUUAGUUAGACCAACUAUUCUUUUAGAGUUUAUCCUUGUCACAGGGAACAGGAAUUUGUGAUUUGAGUUGCUGGGGGAAAGCGUGAAGAAGUUAGACUUGCCUGAGAAGGUCAGCUAGUAAGGGAAGUGGGAGAUUAUCUACUCAGUGUUCUAAAUGUACAGAAGAAUUAUCUAGGGAGCCCUUCACUCAUCUCUUCCCCAUCCCAGAAUUGUGAAUGAAUUAGAUCAGUGGUGAGUCCCAGUGAUGUAACUUUCCUUUAAAGGUCUAAAUGGUAUUUGAAAACAAGUAAUGUGUUGAGCAUGAGAAGUGACACUAAAAUUUGAACAUAGCUGUUACUUUCUUGCAACUAUGUAUGAUAAAGAUCUACUCACUUAUGUUUUGAGAAUUACUUUUAAGAAUACUUUGAAAAGGUCACAUGAAGCACUUAAACAUCCAAUAAAAAUCAAGGGUUUAAUUAAGCUUUCAGAUUGAUAAGUAUCCUGAGCUGUUAGCUUCAUAUAGCUGAUUCUAUCUCGCAAGACAUUCUACAAGAGUUUAAAAUAUUUACAUUUUGAAAUCUUUCUGUUUUCACAAUCACUAUGGCUAAGGAGGAACUUGGAAAAUAAUACUAAUUAGCUAUUCCACUGUACUUCUUGUAUGCGAACUUUCUAAAGUUAUACCCCUUAAACUGUUUAUUUACAUAAACCUCGCUAAGUAAAUAUUGGAGGUGUUCAGAACACUAUUCACAUAGAACACAAUUCAGAGUAUGUUAGACACCUACACACUUUGAUACAGAUUUCAAAAAUUCAAAUAUUUAUCUUAAUGUAAGUUCACAUGCUGCCAUUUAGACACAGUGUGCUGUGACCAUUUCACUACUAUUCAGUUGAUGUUGCCUAGCUUGGUGCUUUCAUUUUACAGUGUGAGAAAUUCAGUUCUGAUGACGUGUGCAAGAUGUUGAUAUGGUCCCUGUAAGAAAUAAUAGGGUUGGUCUUGAUUUACUAAGGACAUGUGAUCUUUUAUUUUCCUUUGACUUGUUAGGAAUACAGUGUCCUGAUUUGUUGCACAUCAUAUUUUUGCAACGUUAAUGAACUUAAAUAAAUUAAUUGGAAAGUUU